AUGCAUUUGAUGAAAGAUGCACACAGGUGUCAGACAGUGAAGACUGACAUUCUUUGCUUGCAUGGAAGCUGCACAUAGAAAUGAAAUAAAAAAAAAUUAGACCCACCUUUUUUUUCUAGUUUCCUGCUCAACUUAGUGGGUUUUACAGGAAAUCGCCUCCAUUUUACAAGCAGCAAGAUAUCAUAAUACACAUUUAAUUUUCAAUCUUUCAGAGGUUGAUACAUGUUUGAAUAAGUCAAAUUAUAUGUAUUGUAUAUACUUUGUAUGAAAGUACAAUUCUUUUCUCUUAACUAAAGCCAAAAGAAAAAAAAGACAAUAAAUAUUUAAAGUCUAAAUAUGUAAAAUAUCUGUAAAUAACCAAACAUUAAAGAUGGAUUCAAGAGUAGAGUCUGACUUUUUUCAAAAAUAUGAGGUUCUGUCUGUUAGCAGUGAUCCUUCCAGUAGGAAAAACAGGUUUAUCUGAAAAAUAAAAACCUUUAUUUUAGAAAAUUUCUGAUUCCUAUCAGUUCAUAUACAUCCACUCAGGCACAACUAAACAAUGUGUAGCAUCUUCUAUAUAUGAAUAUCUAUGAAUAUAUCAAAUGGAAUAUCAUUGUCCAUUUUCAAGAACACAAUACAUAUACACAUUGAUUAUAUCCAAACUUAUACCCAGUCCAUGCCCCUGUUUGAUUUGUGCCAUGCAUCCUCUGCACCAAAAAAUAGCUAUGGCCACAUGUCCACUAUGCUUUUUGAACAACACUGAUAUGUAGUGAAUAAUUUACCUAUUUUUUUAAAUCUUAAUUUGGGUGGGCAACUUUCUUUUCUAAUUUUUAUUUUUAAAAAAACAUGACAUACACCGGUCAAAAGUUUUAGAACACCCCAAUUUUUCCAGUUAUUUAUUGCAAUUCAAGUCCAAUAAAUAGCUUGAAAUGGUACAAAGGUAAGUGGUGAACUGCCAGAGGUUAAAAAAAGGUAAGGUUACCCAAAACUGAAAAAUAAUGUACAUUUCAGAAUUAUACAAAAAGGCCUUUUUCAGUGAACACAAAAUGGCUUAACAAUUUAAAGCUGUUCUGCAGCAAUGGAGGUUGAUCAAGCCUUGAAAGCUGGUGCUACUAAUUCCUACAGGUGUUCCAACUUUUCUGGAUUACUUAUAACCCCCUCUGUCUGCAUAAAAGCAGUGUUGGAACACACUGUGGUACCAUACUCUCGUGAGCAUCAGUUGAACAGUAUUGUACUGCAGAAAGUAGUGUGUUGCUACAAAAAUGGCGAAAAAAAGGAAAUUAACAAUGGAAGAGAGACGGACCAUCAUAACACUUAAAAAUGUAGGUCUUUCCUACAGAGAAAUUGCAAAGAAAGUCAAGGUGUCAAUAAGUACAGUUUCCUUCACCAUCAAAAGGCACUCAGAAACUGGGGCAAACUCUGACAGGAAGAGGUCUGGCAGACCCAAAGCCACAACUGAAUCAGAGGACAAGUUUCUUCAAGAGUUAACAGCUUGCGUGAUAGGCAGAUCACAGGACAACAGCUUCAAGCACAGCUUAAUAGUGGUCGUAGUAAGCAAGUCUCAGUUUCAACUGUGAAGAGAGACUUUGAGCUGCAGGUUUGACAGGACGAGUUGCAGCAAAAAAGCCAUUGCUAAGACGUCAGAAUAAGACAAAGAGGCUUGCCUGGGCCAUGAAACACCGCCAUUGGACUACUGAAGACUGGAAGAAGGUAUUAUGGACUGAUGAAUCAAAAUUUGAAAUCUUCGGUUCAUCACGCAGGAUCUGUGUACACCUUCGAGUAGGCGAAAGGAUGGUUCCACAGUGUGUGGCAUCAACUGUCAAACAUGGAGGAGGAAGUGUGAUGGUCUGGGGCUGUUUUGCUGGAUCCAGGGUCGGUGACUUGUACAGAGUGAGACACAUGCUGAACCAAAACGGCUACCACAUCAUUCUGCAGCGCCAUGCAAUACCUUCUGGUAUGCGCCUAGUUGGUCAGGGGUUCAUCCUACAGCAAGAUAAUGACCAAAAACAUAAGUCCAAGCUAUGCCAGAACUACCUCAGGAAAAAAGAACAAGAUGGUAAGCUUGAAAACAUGGAGUGGCCAGUACAGUCUCCAGACUUAAACCCCAUCGAGCUGGUUUGGGUUGAAUUGGACAGAAGAGUGAAAGCAAAGUAACCUAUAAGUGCCACACAUUUAUGGGAACUUCUGCAACAGAUUUGGGAAGAACUUUCUGAAGAAUAUUUGAUUUCUGUUGUAGAAAGAAUGCCACGAGUGUGUUCAGCUGUUAUAUCUGCCAAAGGUGGCUACUUUGAUGAGUCAAAAGUUUAGAAUACAUUUUGGUCUAUAAAUUGAUUCCAUGAUUUCUUUUUUAACUCCAAUUGCUUAUUUGUACUAUGCUUUCAGAGUGCAAUGAGACAUUAAACUGAAUAAUGUUCAAUAAAAAACUGGAAAAAUUGGGGUGUUCUAAAACUUUUGACCGGUAGUGUAUAAUUAGACAGAAUUUAAUGAAAUAACUGAAUUCAUCCUCAGCUGUAGUCUCAUGGUAAACACAUUUAUUUUCUUUCAUUAAUCAUUCUCACUUUCCCUUUCAUUGCAAUUGUAUUAAGUAGAAAUAAAGUGAAAUAAAACAGUGUAAAAUGUUUCUAAAAUGUAUUACAUUUUAGAAUUGUAUUAUUUCUGGCUUUCUAAUUCCUGCACAUUUUAACCAUUUGUAAACUACACUGAAGAUAAUUAAAAGGGUUUUGCCCCUUCCACCAACACCCUCGCAACUACCUGAUAUACUAUAGCGACAUCAAUCUAUCAACCACCUGGAAUACCACAGCACCCCAGUGGGCGAAUGAUAAACUUCAAUAAGGCGAAGCUUUCCUGUCCUCCUACAUCAUGUAAAUACAGCAUUAGCUCAACUCUCAAAAGAAUUCUACAUACACCUGCACAUACAUGAAACUGAAAAAUAGAGAUGUGGUUUUCACUGUUAAACAUGAAUCAUAUCUGCUAUAUAAAGAUAUAAAAGGCACAAGCACUUGUUUGUGCAUGGGUGUCAUAAUAACAGAAGUAGUUAACGGAAAUAUCUCAAGUAAACAAACUGUCAUUUUGUUUUAAUAUUGUUAAAGAAUCCUGGUUCACUUUCUUGUAAUAAUAAAACUGAUAGCUUUCAGGAAACUGAUGUGUUGUUCUUUCAGCUUCUCCCAGUUCGGGGUCACCACAGCGGAUGAUCUGGUCUGCAUAUUUAAUUUGGCACAGGUUUGAUGCCGGAUGCCGUUUCUGUUAAGAAACUGAUAUGCAGGACUAACACGUUACUUUAACAAAUGAUUCUUCUUCUUUCUAUGCAGCAGCUUCUGCACAGGGAUGUUUUUGAGUUGCAGCAGUAUUAACAAUUAAUGAUCACUAUUUCAAGAUGUGAUCUGAAUUUUGUCUUAAUAUAGAGUCACAGAGAAAAUUUUUGCGACAGGAAGUGGGCUAGCUUGCACCCGAUCAGUGGGUUGGAAGACUUCACGCGAAAACUGAUUUGGAGUACUUGGGGCCAUUUAUUAAGAUCUCUGGAUUUGACUGUAAGAGUUUGUAAGAAUCAGAUUUUGAAAUGAAAUAUCUUCAAAAGCAACCAGAGUACACUGUAUCCGACAAAAAGAUGCCUGCAGUGUGGAAUUCUGUCCAUGCCUGGGCAUUUUUAUGUUUGUUCAGCUUAAUAGCAAUGGCAAAUUCACGGGAUUCUAUAAUACUCACUGAAGGAAGCGCAACAAAGCAAGAGGGAUCUUGUGUCACAAUUAACUGCAAAUACAUAUUUGAGAAAGAAAUGCAACUAUUGUGGUUUAAAAAUCCUAAGUGGAAUGAUACCACAAAGAGAUUUGAUGGAACGUUUGUAUAUAGUAAUACAAAGGAGCGGCCACAGGACCCUGAAUAUUCUAACAGAGUGAUUUUUCAUGAAGACACAGCUGAACACCAAACUUGGGCCACAUGCACGUUAAAAAUCAAUGAUCUUAAAGUGAAAGACAGUGGAAUCUAUACAUUUAGGUACAUAAAAGGAACGAAUAAAUUUAUGAGUAGUGCAUUUAGUCUCACAGUCAUGGCAAAUCCCUGCAAGGUCCACAUCACCAAGGCACCAAAUCUGAACGAUUCACUUGUAGAAGGUGACAAAGUGGAAUUUCGCUGUGCAACAUCAGCAGCCUGUGAGUCUUUUCCUCUCUGGCAGGUGUUUGGAUCAAGUGAGGUUCCCAUGAAUAAGGAUAGUGAUGGGGAAAAAUACAGUGAGCUGACCUUGAACCUGAACUGGAAAGAUGAUGGCAAAACUCUGACAUGCCAUCCUCCUAAAAGCCUGGAUGAUGCCUGCCAGGAUAGAAGUGUUAAACUGAGAGUGGAAUAUGCACCCAAAGAAACAAAAGUGACUGAGAUUUCAAAUCCUAAGGACGUGAAAGAAGGAGAACAAGUGGAAAUUUCAUGCUCCACCAAGGCGCAACCUAUGGCUCAAUUCACAUGGUUUAAAGAUCAAAGCUCUUUUUCCAUUGGAGAAACUCUUACUUUAAAUGUUAUGACACCAGAAGAUGGAGGUAGAUUCUACUGUCAGGCUAAAAAUAAACAUGGAUAUGCAAAUUCCAGUGACAUAGAAAUCAAUGUCAUUUAUGCUCCAAAAGAUGUCGAAAUCAGUCCUCAACUCAUCAAGAAGCUCAUAGAGGGAGAAAUGCUUACACUCACAUGCUUGGCGCAACGCAGCAAACCAGCAGUCUAUUCAUAUAGAUGGUACAGAAAUGGUCAAGAGAUGAAUCUCCACACAGCAGAUACAUUCUAUGUAACAGGUGUAACACGAACUGAUAACGGAGACUAUCAGUGUGAGGCCAAAAAUUCAGUAGGAGAGACUAAAUCUACCAACACUGUCAAAGUAUCGGUGAUGCAUGUUCCACAAAACGCAAACAUUCAGGGUACGAUGGCAGUAAAGUCGGGUUUCACACUAAACCUUAAGUGUGAUACAGAGGCGAGUCCUCCUCCUAAAAUCUAUUACUGGUAUUUUAAACCAGAACAAAAACAGCAGUUUCUCCUGCUUUCAAACACGAAUCAGGUGUACUGGAUUGAGAAAGUGGCUGUUAGUAAUGCAGGAGUGUAUGUGUGUAGUGCAGAGAAUGAUAUAGGUACUGGAGCAAACUCUUCUGAAGUGGAUGUUCUUGUGUACUAUCCCCCCAAAAAAACAAAUCUGACCAUGAAACAAGUAGUAAAGGAAAAUGAACUUUUUUCUGUCACAUGUACUGUGGAAAGCUCACCCCAGGCAGAGCUCACACUAAGCAGAGCCACUCUGACAAACCCAGAAAAAGACAAAAUAAUAAAGAAAUUUCAGGCCAACUUUUUCAAUUUUACUUGGAAAGUGUCCAUGUACGAUGCAGGUGUGUACACCUGCACAGCGGAAAACUCAGAGGGACAAAGCUCCUCGAAAAAUCGCCUGGAGGUUUUGUAUGCCCCUAAAAAUGUUAAAGUAUCAGCAUACCCUGGUGAAGAGCUAAAGGAAGGCUCUGAACUGAGACUUACCUGUACAGCUAAAUCGUUGCCCCAAGUGUCUGCUUACACAUGGAAGAAAAAUUUUGGAGCACACUCAGUGAUACUGGGACAUAACCAGGCAUUAAUAAUCAGAUCAGUAAAGAGCUCCGACUCAGACCAUUAUUCCUGUAUCCCCAGAAAUGAAAUAGGAAGUGCUGAGUCCCCAACAAUAUAUAUCAGAGUCAAGUAUCAGCCACAAGUAACACUUACCCACAACAUGACAUCAAUGGGUCUAUUUGAGGAGGCGGUUCCAGUUCACCUGAGUUGCAGUGUUCAGUGUUAUCCACCAGCCACUUCCUUUGCAUGGUACAAGCUGGAGGAAAACACUGCUGUCUUAUCAAACGAUCAGAACUACACAGUACAACCACAAAACCCAGGAAUGUACUACUGCGAAGCAAGCAAUGAAAUGGGGAAAUCAACAUCUGAACCAGUCAAAAUAAGUAAUAAUUCUGUUAUUCAACUGCUCAUUAAGAUCGUCAUAUCCUUAUUGGUCAUCCUCAUUCUCAUCGGUGUCAUGUUUCUGCUACAUAGAAUCAUCAAGACCAAAAGAUGUUUAGGAAAAAAUGAGGCAGCCCAACAGUCAUUUUUCGUCUCAGCAGUUCCAUUAUGGUCAAACCUGCGCUCAUCUGGUUCACGUAACAACACUAGGGAGAACCUGGUGACGGAGGGAUCUUCAGAGAUCUUUGGGUUCAGAGACACCCACUCAAGCGCCGCUCUUCACUCAAAUCCCCCAGCCAACAGGAACACACAAGCAGGAAGGCCAAAUUAUGACAUUCAAACAACAUAUGAUGUUAUAAAGUUGUCCCCAAACAAGAAACAAGUUCAUCACUCAGAAGAGGAUUUGACCACUGUGAACUAUGCAAUGCUACAGUUCAUGGACAGCAACAAACCUAGUAAAAGUGUAUCAAGCCGUGACACUGGUGACCCAGAGUAUGCUAAAGUUGUAAAAAAGAAACAAAUGGCAAAUGAACAACAAGGUGUUCAUGAAGAUUAUGUAAACGUGUCUGGCUUGUGCACAACUAAGCAGCCGUUUCCAAGCAUAGACUGGGACUCGGACACCUCGGAGUCAGAAGACGAGGUGAAUUACACAAAAGUGUCAUUCACUGCAACAUCACACCAUAAUCCACAGAAGGAUAGGCAAUUUUCAGAUGAAGAAGACAAAACUGAAUACACUGAGGUCAAAAUUUAGGGUUAAAAAACAUUUACGUAUGUGUCUAAGCUUCUAGUACAGUGUUGUACUAGAAGUUGGUAUAUAGCAUGGCUCGCUAAAGCAGAACACUCUUGUGUGCUUAUAUUUCAAGUCUUAUAUGUUAAGUCUUUUCAUCUAUUUGUGGCUAAAUAUACCAUAUCUGAUUGUACUUAAUGUACUGAAUGCACUGAAUGUUAAUUUUCUUUUUUAAGAAAAUGAAUAGAUGUUACCAAAAUGACAUGGAUUCUUUUCUAACCUUGUCAUGUUGUGUUAGGAGCCAGUUUCUCAAAUGUUGGGGUAAAAGCACUCUGUCUAAAGAUGUCUAAAUCCUAGCUUGCUAAGUGUGAUUUCCUCACACAGUGAAUGUAGAUAGAAAGAUAAAUAGGUUCAGUUCAUAUAAUGGCUAUUAAAAAAAAAAAGCUUGAGUAACAUUUACCUUGGUUGCUUUUGCUGAUAAAGUGCUAACUCAUCCUGUUGAAUUUUUUCAUUUUCAAAUUAUGCUGUUUUAUAGAGAUUAUGCUAUUUUACAUUAAUGUAUUUUGUUAAAUGUAUGAAAGUUUGUGAUGCACACCAGUUAUUGUCAUUGAACACCAGUUUCACUUUGGGGGAAAAAGAAAAUAAAAUCCUCAUAAAAUUCUAUGUUUUUAUGUAUUCUGGUGACAAAAUGUAUUUGAAGAUCCUUACUAGUAUGUAGAACCACAUUUGGAAGCAAUCAUUUUUGUCAUCGGAACUUCAGUACAUUGAUGUUUAAAGACACAUUCCUGCACAGUUCUCUUAACAUCCUCCCAUCCCUUUACUUCUUAAGCCUUUCUCAUUUGCUUGUGUUCUUGGGGAUCACUAGUCAAAUCAAGAAGCUUUUAUUGUCUUUUCAACCACAUGUAGCUGACACAGUACAUAGUGAAACAAAACUUUUCUCCAGGACCCUGGUGCUACAUAAACAACAUACAACAUAUAAUUACAACAGACAACAACACAGAGAUAGGACAGAAGUUUUUUUUAGCUACAUAAAGUGCAAAGUGUGCAACCAGGUGCAAACUGUGCAAAGACACAACAGUACAAAAACAGGAAGUACAAAAAAACAACAAAAGACAAGACACAUAGCACCGAAGAAGAACAUGUGCAGUGAAACAAAAUGUGAUGAGAUGCAAACUUGAGAAACUGUAAAAACCAGGUAGACAUUAUCUUGCUGCAAGAUGAAAUUUGGCCCAGCUAGAUAGAUGAACUUGAACAGUUUUAAGAUUGUUCUGGCAUUGCUCAGGUCCAGGGUUUUUUUUUUUUUCUUUAUUUCUCUAAGCAUAAACAUUCUGACAUAUAUAUUGUUUUUUGUUGUCUUCUAAGCAUUAUAGCUUUUUGAAGAUGGAGAGGAUUACGCAAUUAUUUUUAUUAUAAUUAUUAUUUAGGCCCUGGAAAACAAACAUAGAAUUAAAGGAGGGUGUUUUCUCUUUCCCCAUGCACUUAUAUUUAGAUUUUUAGCUUUUGACUAUUAUAUGACUAUUUUGUAAGUGUUGUUUUUGUUUACUUUUGUGCAGACAUUUGUGCUGAACCAAUUUUCUAAUAAAAGAGGUCAGAUUCAGGUUUUUCUAUUUCAA